GGCUGGCGUCGGUGCAGGGCUGCCUGCGGGGAAAUUGUCUUGCUUGUGGGACCUUGAGCUAGGAGGGGUCUCUUGGGAAACUCCAGGACCCAGAGGAACGUGAGUCAGGAGGCUAGGUUCGUCCGGGAGCCGGUGUUGGGGCCGAGACCGGGUCCCAGCCGCCGUCGGCCCGCAGUGGCGGGAACCGGGGUGGGUCUGGGGACGCGAGGACAGGUCGCCCGGAUUCCCAUCCUCGGUCUGCUCCCAGUGCGCUCUGGCUCCGACACUUCCCGCUGUCGUCUUGCUUGUCAGAUGUGGUUGUUGAGGCUCAGAGAGAGAAGCGACUUGUUAGGGAGCCACCCCGCUUGUUGGUGGCGGAUCCGGGAUUGGAACUUUAAGUUUCUUGACUACUUGGUACAGAGGUUUAUUCACUGGCGACUUUAAAGGGCAAGGAAGAAGAUGGCACUGCCCACACUGCCCUCCUACUGGUGCAGCCGGCGGCUCCUAGGUCAGCAGUUAGCACGGCAGCAAGAGCAGGCAGACCGGCUUCGGCAGCAGUGGGAUCAGAACAGCCGCUACUUCCAACUCUCUGACAUCUGCAGCUCCAAACAGGCAGAGUGGAGCUCCAAGACCUCCUACCAGCGGAGCAUGCACGCCUAUCAGCGUGAGAAGAUGAAGGAGGAGAAGAGGAGGAGUCUGGAGGCCAGACGCGAGCGACUGAGGCAGCUUAUGCUAGAGGAGCAGGACCUGCUGGCCAAGGAACUGGAAGACCUGAGGCUGAGCAUGAACUCACGGGAAAGAAGAAUCCGGGAGAGGCAUGGGAACCUGAAAUCAGCCCGAGAAGAGCAGAGGAAACUGAUUGCUGAGCAGCUUUUGUAUGAACACUGGAAAAAGAAUGACCCUAAACUUCGAGAGAUUGAAUUGGACCUUCACAAGAAGCAUGUGAUAAACUCUUGGGAAGCACAGAGAGAGGAAAAGAAACAGCAAGAAGCUACUGAGGAGGAAGAGAAAAAGCGGUAUGAAAACGAAUAUGAAACGGCCCGAAGAGAAGCGAUGGAACGGAUGAAAGCCGAGAAGGAGAGGAGGCAACUGGAGGAGAAGCUGCAGGCCGAGGUGCUGCUUCAGCAGAUGGAGGAGCUGAAGGUGAAGGAGAUGGAGGCAACGAAACUGAAGAAGGAGCAGGAGAAUCUGUUGAAGCAGCGAUGGGAGCUGGAGAGGCUGGAGGAGGACAGGAAGCGGAUGGCGGCCCUCCGGCAGAAAGCAGAGCUGGGGCGCUUUUUGAGACAUCAGUAUAAUGUGCAACUCAACAGACGUACACAGCAGAUCCAAGAGGAGCUGGAGGCAGACAAGCGGAUCCUCCAGGCGCUCCUCGAGAAAGAGGACGAGAACCAGCGCAUCCACCUGGCCAGGCGGGAGCAGGCCCUGGCCGACGUGGCAUGGAUGAAGCAGGUGAUCGAGGAGCAGCUGCAGCUGGAGCGGGAACGUGAGGCAGAGCAGCAGAUGCUGUUGAGGGAUGAGGCCAAGGAGAUGUGGGAGAAGAGAGAGGCAGAGUGGGCCCGAGAGAGGAGCGCGCGUGACCGACUGAUGAAUGAGGUUCUGACAGGGAGACAACAACAAAUCCAAGAAAAGAUUGAACAGAACCGACGUGCACAAGAGGAAUCCCUAAAACACAGGGAGCAACUCAUCCGCCAUCUUGAGGAAGCGAGAGAAUCGGCUCGUCGGGAGAAAGAGGAGAGCGAAGAACUGAAGUCAGCAUGGAAACAGGAGCUAGAAGCCCAGGUUGUAGAGCGCCAGCUGCAGGCACAGGAAGAGGACCAGCAAGAAGAGGAGGAGGAGGAGGAGGCCAGGCAGGCGGAGCAGCUCACCGAUGCCCUCCUCCAGCAGGAGGCGAAGAUGAUGGCCGAGCAGGGCUAUUGGCCCAAGACUUACAGACAUCCCAAGAUUGCUUGGAACUGACUCCGUUCGUCCUGUCAGCACAGGGAGCGACGAUGUUAGGGUUUGUGGUAUGCAGCCACCAGGCAGUUUUACGGUAUUCUGUUAUAGUCAGGGUGCCAGCUGCUGUAAAGUAGUUCCCGUUCAGGUACGUGAUUACAUGGAUCGCAGGCUGGCCAGACGCGAAGGUGCUGAGGAUACUCAGCACCCAUGAGAGGCCCUUUCCUGCCUCUUGUCCAAGAAAGCAUCUGUGACAGACACAGGUUUCCAGUGCUGUUAGCAGUUGUAACAUAUUUAUAAAUAUAUAAGGUUCUAAAUCAAUACUAAGAGGUACCAGUCAUGCUCCAUGACGGGUGUGUUUUCCUGUUGUCUUAUUCUUCACUGUCAGCCUCCUGGGAGGAGGUUUUCCAGUUGUUAAAAUUGCCAUUGCUGUUUAAAAUUUAACUUAAAGAUUCUCUCGAAAACAAGCUAGUAGGCCUUGGUGCAGUUUACUCAGGGUUAUCGCAGGAUCAUGUCUUUUGUAUUCUGGAAGAAAAGAACUAUUAACCAGUUAAAUCCCUGAGACAGUCUCCUUGGUCCAUGGAUGCUUUGUGGAAAGGUCGAGGAACGAGGAAGCAUUUUGGUGGAGUUUUCAUAGAGUGCUGUGUGUGGGUUUGUGAUGGAUGUCACCUGGUUGCCUAAUCUUCCAAAGGACCUUGGGCCUCUAGUGUCUUGGGAAGGUCCCUCUGGGUCUUAGCCGCGUGCAGCUUUCCAGGAUUUACAGGCCCAGAGGAGGGGGCACUGAACCUGAAGACUCAGACCCACAGAUUGGCAGAUGUGGCAUACCAUUCGAUGAACUCUCUACAAAGCUACAAGUCCCUGGCAGCAAGAAUAUUUUUAUGACUUACACUCUUCCUCUGAGGUUUCAGUUUUCAUUGCAUCGUGUUUAAGAUUCCAUAUCUCGUAAAUUUUCACCUGUAUUGCUAAUGACAGGGCAUUGUUACAUGGUUCUUAAAGCUACAGUUCAUUAAAAAUCCUGAGUCUAAGGGCUGCAUUGCCUUGCACUUCUAUUGUGCUGUAAAAACAAAUGGAGCUGCAAAUGCCCCAGAACCUGCUUCUCAUUGCCCUGUCUUGAAUGUCUCUGGCUGUGUUUCCCCGAGAGAGUGCCACUCUCAGGAUGCCGCUCCUGCUCACUUCCCACGUCCGCUGGACUUUCAUUGUGAAAAGGAGUUCUGGUCUGAUCCCCUUGCCUCCAGGCUUGGUACUGUUGCUCUUAUUAAUUGUUGCAAGUGGGCUGUAUGGACUGAUACAUUUUUAUUGAUUUAAUUCACAUUGCCUACAGGUUUGGACAUUUGUGACUGGUCACAUUUUUAUAGGUAAUAUUCAUUUUUCUUGUAAAUGUGUGGCGUUCCCCCCUCUUGUUUCCAUUCCAUUGGCGCUUCUAAAUAAACCACAGAAAAUUAUUAGCAGUCAUAUACUGACCAAGUCCCAGUACAUAACCAAUGUGAACAGAAUGCCUGGUAAAUGGGCACUCAAAUACUUACUGAAUAAAUUUUAUUUCUUUACUUAC